GACACCCACCCCCCAUUUCCCUUUUUUCCUUCCUUCCCUCCUUUCCCCCCAUUGCUCCCAGUAAGGAGAGGCUUUCUCCCUCCUCCUCCUCCCCCCUCAGGACUGGAGCGGGGCGGGGGGAGCACAGGGAGACCCCAGCUGAGGAGGGUACUAAGAGAUCCAGGAGACUUUGCUGGCUUUUGAGGAUGUGCACUACUUGAGCAAAAGCAGAUUCACUGGAUGUCAGGAUGGCAGCAUCAAACCUGGAGAACCAGCUGCAUAGUGCCCAGAAGAAUCUGCUCUUUCUCCAGCGACAGCAUGCUGACACACUCAAGGGGCUGCAUGCUGAAAUUCGACGCCUGCAGCAGCACUGUACAGAUCUGACAUAUGAGUUGACGCUCAAAAGUUCAGACUUAACAGAAAAUGGAACCUCAAGAAGUGAAGAACUCAAAAGAAAAUGUGAAGAGCUUGAGACCCAGCUUAAAGUGAAAGAGGCUGAAAACAAUGAGUUGUUAAAGGAACUGGAGCAAAAAAAUGCAAUGAUAAUGGUGCUUGAGAAUACCAUUAAGGAAAGGGAGAAGAAGUAUUUAGAAGAGCUCAAACUGAAAAGUCACAAGCUGAACAUGCUGUCAAGUGAAUUGGAGCAGCGGGCGAGCACAAUUGCAUACCUCACCUCGCAGCUGCACGCGACAAAGAAAAAGCUGAUAAGUUCAAGUGGGACUUCGGACAGCUCCCCAUCCGGAAGCCCUGUGCUGUCCAACUACAAACCAACCCCUCCUAAAGAUAAGCUCUCAGACACUCCACGGCGUCGCAUGAAGAAGAGUCUGUCCACUCCACUCAACCCUGAAUUUGAAGAGGCCUACCGAUUAGGAUCAGAUGGCCGCAAGCUCCUGUUACGUGAGCCUGUUGAUGCUAUGCCUGAUCCCACUCCCUUCUUGCUGGCUAGGGAAACCACCGAGAUCCAUCUUAUCAAAGAAAGGCCUUUAGUUAUUCCACCAAUUCCAUCAGAACGCACUUCGGCCGAGCCACAGAGCCCAGCCCGGGAAAAGCAGCACAAGGCCCACGUGGGCGUGGCACACCGAAUCCACCAUGCCACUCCACCCCAGGCUCAGCCUGAGGUUGAGACCCUAGCAGUGGAUCAGGUGAAUGGGAGCAAAGUGGUCCGGAAGCACUCGGGGACAGAUAGAACUGUUUAAGCAAACUGUUUAGGGGGUGGCUCUGUUAAUGCACUGUUACCACAAAUAGGGUUAAUUGCAUCUGCAAUCAUUUUUCUCUCCCCCCCCCCCUCCAAAUGCCCCCCCUUGCAUGCCAAAUUCUCUCCAUCACUAGAAUAACCUUCUUCAAUGGAACCACAAUAUGACUGUGUUCAUAUUGCAGAGUAACUACUUAAUGAAACGCUGUGGCCAAACUCAGGUGUCUGCCUGACUGCUUGCUUCCAAUGCUCCUUCAUGUAUUCUAAGUGUACCUACUUGUGGGCAUAUGCCCCAGCAACAGGCUCUAUUAUCAGUAGUAAUGAUGGAGUCAGCCUCCUCAUGAUAGCCUUGCAGCACUUGUGUAUUGGCUGUUCAUGGUUAAAGCCUUCCCUCUAUUUAUCACUUCACACAGUCAUGAAAACUUGUUAUUUGGGAGCAAGGGGUAAUGUUGGCCACCAUGCAGAUGCCUGUGUGUGAAGGAAGACAAGUUGAAUGAGUUCUCUUCCCUCCCCUUAAAAAAAAAAAUCUUCACCUGGUUUUGAUCCCCAUGUUCAUAUUUUCUGUUACAAUUUUAUCUAGAACUACUAAAAUCCCAACAAACUCUA